CCUUUUUUAUUCUAUUCUAUUUUUUUUUUUAUUAUUUUAUUAUUUUAUUUUACGUUCAGCCAAACGCUUGACAUUGACCGUAGAUUCUUCUUCCUCUCCUUCUUCUUUUUGUUGCUGUUGUUGUCUUUUUUGCUUUGUUUUUGUUUUAUCAUCAAAAAGUUGAUAAUUUGGCCAUUCUUGCCGAAUUAGACAAUCACUUUAAUCUUCUUUGCUAAUUCUUAUCCUCUCUUCUUCGCGUACUAAACGCCAAUGGGCACGACGAAAAGUCGUAAAGCCAGGCGGAACGACUCACGACCAGUGGCAUUCUCAUUUUUAUCGAACAUUUCUCUUGGAAGCGAAACCGAACGACAACCAAAAGACAGCACAGCCUUUCAACCGCUACAAGACGAUCUUGGACUUUCAUCCGAUGGACGUUCACCUGGAUAUGGAAUUGAUUACGGAGAAUAUCCGGACUUCAUCCAAUCAUCCGCAGGUCGCUCUGCUCCUUCCCUUCACUCGACCGACAGCAGCCUAUCCGCCGAUGACGAGGUUCCAACCAGCGUACGAGUGGGCCCAACCGAUCGCCUAUCCACAACCGCUCCACCCGUUAUGAUGUCGGUUUCUGCACCAGCCGCUAUACUGGCUGAACCCGAUCAUAGAAAAACAUGGAACUAUUGGAACGAAGCCGAUGGAAAACCAAAACAAUCCUCUGACUACGAGGGGGGUGAUGUACACCACCAACUUACCCGAGACGACAGCGAUCGUCCAAUUGCGUCCGAGAAGAUUAAGAAAAAGUCUUACCGUGCCAACAAAGAGUCCAAAUCUAAUGGACUAGGCAUUCUCUCGGUCCUUCGUUAUUACACUGACAAGAUACGCCAUCCGGCCGGAAGGAAGGCAGAUCCAGUGAUUAACCGAGGAUAUGUUCAACAGCAAUCAUCAAAGCAAGAUGCAUCAAAUCGUGGGUUAAUCGAAACUUACGGUCACUUUUUAACAUCCUCUGGCUCAUUAAGAAAUGAUACCGACGAGCCACAUAUUACUGUAGAAGGUGGUUAUGACGCUCACUUUCUUGAAGACCCACUUUACGAUCAAGCUGUGAUAAAUGCUCAAACAUUAACUGGACAGCAGAUGAAAGCCUCUGAUAUAAAAAGAGAAUUAAACGAGCAAUUUCGCCUGACUCAUCCAGAACUUGCACCUGAAAUUACACUCAGCAAAAUCAAGGCAAUCAAAGCUCACUUGUUAGAAAUCGGCAGAGAAGUAGAUCUGGAGGUAUCAAGUGUAGCUCAUGCUUACGUUUACUUUGAAAAGCUAGUCAUCAAGAAUAUCGUAACCAAGAAGAAUAGAAAACUUAUUGCAGCCUGCUGUUUACUUUUAGCUAUAAAGAUAAAUGAAGCAAAGGAACCUUGGGAGCACCACCUAUUAGAUGUCAUGGAGGAUAGAUUAGGCGUUGAUGCUGAACAGCUACACAAGCAUGAAUUUGCUGUGUUUGCUGAUCUUGAAUUCAAUCUUUACAUCCCAAAGCGUGAAUUUAUGCCUCAUUUCGAACGAAUAUUUAAAACGCUUGAGCACAAAAGUAUGGAAGAUUAUCUUGGUCCGUCACAUUUUUAUGAAGGUGAACUUAGGCCCAGCGUGGUCUAAUGAGUUCCUGAAAAAAAAAGUUUAUACAAAAAAAGUGCAAGGAGUAUAAAAAUAAGACGAAUAAUAAGAAGUAAUGUAAAUCUGUCAUAUAUAUAUAAAAAAGACUUCUAUCAUUACUA